AUGAAGAGAGCAAUUGACGCUUUAGUUGUUCUAGCAGGUCAAAUUUCAAUGUAUAAUGCAAAAAUGAACCCACAAUGUUCAAAAUGUAAAGCAGCAAUAAGGAAAUAUAACUACUCCGUCAAAGAGAUAGAAAGAAUGCGAAACGACUAUGCAGACUUAAAGAAAGAAGCAGAAAAGCCAGCAGAAGAUAAAAUGGACAUGUUAGCAUUUCUGAACAAAAACUAUCCAACAGUAAAAGAUUUCCUUCUAUCUGACGUCAAGAAGAAAUAUAAAGAGACUUUCGGCAUUGUUAAAACUUUUGAUAUCCUCAGCGAAGAAAUAGAAGCUACAAAACUGUUUAGGAUUUCAAAUAUACAUCGUACAAUUCAUGUAAAACGCUUGUGA